CGAAAUAGCAACAUAUGUUCCAUGUCCGCUUCCAACUCGUCUCUCAUCAACUAGUUCCGCUUCACUCAGAACUAGAGAGACGAGCGACGCCGCAACCAGAUUCACUCGCUGCGUUAUAACAGUGUCUUCUAAUUCACUGUUGGCACGAUCUACCACUUGGCCGUUUGUGCAGCGCGGGCGUCAGACCUGGGUGCCACACUCUUCCGAGCUCGUAUAUGAGUUCCCAAUAUGCUUUCCUAUGCAAAUUCAUGGUGUUCUCUGAUCAAAGAGUGUCAUAAAGCGUGGUUCACGGUAAGGAAAGGAAACGUGGUGAGAAUGUUAGCGGAAGAAGUAGAUGGUUGAAGGUUCGGUGGAGUGAGAACGUCAAGGUGUCUUUCCUCCGCUUGUCACUUGAAACAAUUCCCCAAAUGAAAAUCUACGUACGGACGCUCGCGGAUACCUUUUCCACGAAUGGUUCAUCAACCGACCAGCGGCCGAUCUGAUAGUUCGAUGAUGGGCAUGGAGACAGACGAGGGCAGAGGGCAGGGUUAAGUCAUCUGAAGAAGCUCUGCGCGGAUGAGUGGGAGCUGUAUGCGUGUUUUUUCAACUCGGGGGAGGACGACCCUUGGGUCACUCAUCCAGCCCUAUCGCGAACGAUGUCACCAACCGCCAGACAUCCAUUCGCGGUGCUCGCCUCUCGAACCCAUCUACCUACCUACCUACCCUCCCUCCAACUUGCCUUCCUCAACUACGGAACGAAGCAUCCAAAGCGCUACCAAGCGGAAUAUAUACACUCCUCCGUCGUCUUUGGGCUGCUAAUUCUCUCGAUCUUAUGCGUAUGUGUAUGUCGGUCUCGCGUUCUUGUGUACUGUUGCGAAGGCUCAAGCAGACGUCCAACACCUCUGGUACGGCCAUCGCGCCUGCACCCACAUCCGGACCGAGCCCAUGGCGAGCAUCUACGACAAGGCGCUUAAGCGGAAAGAUUUCUCCGGGAUCGUGGAUCAGGACGCGUUGGCGAGUAAAGCGUUGGCGGCGGAUGAUGCGCGGGUUUUGCGUGCUUCUUCUCAGUCCAACUCUGCUUCUGGUGGUGGUGGUGGUACUUUGACGACGGGUGCCAGUGCGGGAACGAAGCAGAUGAGCAAAGAGGAGAGGAAGAAGGCGGAGGAUAGGAGGGACGAGAGUAAGGCGGGGGCGGACGUGGGGAAGAUUGUGAAUUUGAUGGCGGGGGAUGCGAAUCGGUGCGCGAUGAUGAUAUCGGGGAUAUAUUUCAUCUAUGGAGAUUACUUGGCAUCUCCGCCUUCGCCGGCUUCAUCGUCCUCCUCCUCGGUUGGCCACUCAAUUCGUUCAUUGCCAGGAGGAGCAUAAGGAUCCAGAAGGGCCUAAUGGCGGCGAGGGAUAGGAGGGGGUGUUGAAUGAGUUGAUUGGCGCGGUCACGUUUAUCAAGUUCUUCGCAUGGGAGGAUCGUUGAAUCGAACGUGCGCUCGACGCGAGGGAAGCCGAGAUGAAAUGGACGAUCAAAGUUCCGUUCCCACUCCUUCCACCCAAC